AUGGAAGACGAUCAAAAAUUGAAAUUAUUAAAUCAAAGUGAAGAUUAUUUAGAUUCUUACGGAAAUCAGGAAGCUAAUGCAGUCGUGAAAGAUCCUGGUGAUAAUAAUGAUGAAGAGAAUAGAGAUCAGUUGUCAUCAAGAAGUAAAAAGGUCUUCUUAGCCACGUUAUCUUACAUAACUGGCUGUGGAGCGAUGGCUCUAGUACUUUUGGCGUCCUUUUUCCCAGUAGUAGCGGUAAAUAGGCAUAUCUAUCCUUAUGAAAUUGCUAUCAUUUUUGCAAUUUACCCACUGAUGAAGUUUUUGUCGUCGACAGUCAUUGGCCUCUAUUUGCCUCAAGUGGGAGUUAAUAUUACUAUUUGGAUGGGUUUGAUAUUGGAAGGUGGUGGCUUGAUCAUCUUUGCAUUUCUAGAUAGAAUUUUGGAUCGAAAUACCUUCGUAGUGUAUUGCAUCAUAACUAGAGGAUUUCAAGGUGCUGGCGCAGGUCUCCAUCUAACUGCUAGUAUUGCUUGCGCUAUUGCAAUCAAUCAAGAUGCUAUUGGAACGACAAUUGCAAUUAUAGAAUUUGCUGCUGGAAUUGCAUUGAUAAUAAGCCCUAUCAUAGGAGGUGUUCUUUAUCAGUAUGGAGGUUUUAAAGCCCCUUUCCUGGCUUUGGGAUGUUUACUAGUCAUCAAUAGUUUUUUGGUCAUUAAAUUUCCUCGUAUCCAUGAUAUUAGAGCAUCGCCACCACUAAAAACUUUCCUUAAAGUUUUAACCAUGCCACGCGUAGUAAUAUUAUACGUUACGAUCAUCUUGCAAACAAUUUGUGUAACCUUUUUGGAUCCAACUAUAGCAAUUCAUCUCAGACAGUUCCAUCUAUCAUCAUCUGCAAUUGGUGGAUUAUAUGGUAUCCAAUCGUUAUCUUACAUGAUAUUUUGCGCUGUUGCUGGCAUUAUUGUCGAUAAAACGGGAAAAUUUCGAUGGAUCAAUAUUUACGCAUUUAUAAUUCUUGCUGUAUCAUUCCAAUUUGUAGGACCAGCUCCAUACUUGAAAAUGCAUCAAUCCCUUACAAAAAUCGUGAUCGUAUUUAUAUUUAUUGGCCUUGCAAUCGCUCUUUCAGUAGUCUCUAGUUAUCCAGAUAUGGCAGAAAUUCUAACUUCACGAAAAAAAAAAUGGAUCAAUCAUGAAAAUAAAUUUAUGGUAUUUUCUUUAACAUCUGGAUUAGCUAAUUCUGGUCUUGCACUGGGUCAAAUCCUGGGUCUACUUAUUGGUGGUGCCUUGGCAUUAAAAUCAGAUGCAGCUUUUAACUGGACUUCAUCGGUCUUAGGUUUCUUAGCCUUAGGACAGAAAUUAAAAAUUUCGUAUAGAGAGGCUUUGGAGUAA